ACUGUGUCUAAUUAGGACCCCCAACCACAAUCACACGACAUCAAACUCUAGCCAAGUAUGGCGUCAAACCCCUCUCCUCUCCUCUUCCUCCUCCCUUUCCUACUUCUCUCCUCUCUCUCCUCCGCCUUCAACAUCACCGCGAUCCUCGAUCAAUACCCCGAUUUCGCCAACUUCAACUCUCUCCUAUCACAAACCAAGCUCGCCGACAAAAUCAACAAGCGCGUCACCCUCACCGUCCUUGCCGUCGACUCCUCCGGCCUCGCAUCUGUCUCCGGCCUUCCGGUUGACGAGCUCGAGCGCAUUCUUUCUGUUCAUGUCAUCCUCGACUACUUCGACAUGACCAAGCUCAAAACCAUAAACAAGAAGUCCACCAGCCUCACCACCCUCUACCAAACAACCGGAACCGCCGACCAGCGUCAGGGUUUCCUCAACAUGACCAAGGGGGGUGACGGCAAGAUCGCCUUCGGAUCGGCAAUGCCUGGAUCGCCAAUCAAUUCCAAUCUGGUGAAAUCAAUUAUGAACAAGCCCUACAAUAUAUCGGUACUUCAGGUGAGCUCGGUGAUCGUUCCACCUGGGGUCGCUCAAGUGAACGAUACAAAAGCAUCAUCACCGCCAGCACCAGCGACGGGGGCCGCCGGCGCCAAGCAAGGCGUAAGGAUAAGCCGAAAGACUCCUCGAACACCGAGGCAACCCAACGAGCAAAACGCCGAAAAGGUGACGGCUCCAGCAGCGGAAGCACCGACAGCCGAUUGCGCCUGCGCUGAUGCGGCGGCGGCCCGAUGCCACCAGGGCCUGACCGAGACAGCGCGAAGGGAUGCCGAUGCCGGUCCAUGCAGGAGAGAAUCUGGCCAGCCGGAACAGGUGGCCAUUGGGGCUGGGUUGGGCGGUGGUGAGUGGGAGCUCUUGUGUUUGGUCUGUGAGAGGAUCGAGUGUUUGAGGUGUUUGAAAUUUUGGAGUUUGGGAUGCGACUUUGGGUGGCGGUUGGAUGAUUUGUGGAGAGGAGAGAGAGAUUGUGUGAUUGUGUGUAUGCAGAAUGUUGGAAACUUUGAAUAA